GUGAACAGUACCUGGUUGCUUUAAAGCGAGUCAGUCACCCACAGCGCUGUACUGGCUACAGUUGAGAUCAUCACAGUCUUGCUCCCUUGAUCCAGAGGUCACUAAGUUACCAUGGAGACACCAGGUGUAACCACAGUGAGGCUGUGUGUCGUGGCUGCCCUGCUGAUCACAGGGUCGACUGGGUCAGUCUGUUACACUGAAGUGGAAUCACUGGACUUAGGAUGCCUCCUGCGGUGGGAUUGUCCCCGUGCCAGGUCUAAUACCACCUACACUGUGCAGACAAAGACACAGGGGGACCCCUGGCAGGACGUGCCGUGGUGUGUUUGGGUCUCGUCCCGCAGCUGUGACGUCUCGCAGGCCUUCUCAAACUAUGAGCUGUACAACAUGAUUCGUCUGGGCGUCCACCAUAGCCCCACGUCCACCGUCUGGAUGAAGCCCCGCAAGUUCGAUUACAGUGACUUCACCUUCAGCCCUCCCUCCGUCUCAGCCUCUCUGAAAGACGACCAGCUGCUGGUGAAGGUGCAGUUCCCCUGUGCGGCCAACAGGAGGUGCUCUCUGGGGAGGUGCUGUCCCAUCACUGAACUGAUUGACCCCUGGACUACAGUGACUAUGUACAAUAAGGCCAAUCACUCUGAGUACCAGAGCCGCACAGUUUGGACCCAGGAAGUUUUGUCCCAUGUGGAGUUCUCUGGUCUGGCUCCAGGUCAGAACUACUGUGUCGUGGCCAACUUCUCCUUCCCGACAUUCUCCAUGGCAGCUUCCCCGAAAUCUGCCCCUCAGUGUGUCCAGACUGUUUCCACAUCAGGGCUGCUGCCUGUGUUGUGUCUGGGAAUCGGUCUGAUGUCUUUGCUCCUUGUCCCACUUCUCACUGUGUUUCUGAGAAGACCAAGACAACCAGCACCAUCCACUGAAAAUCAGCCCAAGACUCCGGUGUCCAUUCCUGAUCCAGUCUCUUUGGUGCCUCUCCCCAUGGUCCCUGUUGACCCUUGUGACAUCCACGUGGAAUUCACUGAUGACCACAUCUCCACUGAGUCCUCCUCCAACCAGGACCAGACCUCGACACACACCAGUGAUCCUCUCCAUCAUGAGUCCAGCGCAGGUGCAGCGUACUGGGACAGUGGCGGGAUUGCAGCUGGAGCUGGAGCAAGGCCGGGACUCUGGUAUCAGCAUCCCACCUGUGUCUCACUCUUCUGAGGAGACAUGUGGGACAACUGGAGACUGAAAGACUAAAAGCCUGAGACCCAGCUAACCGUGAGUGCUGAUCUAUAAAGGUAUGUGUCAGUGGGGCUGUCUGGCCAGCAUCACCACAUCACUGCACUAUACCUGACUGACUGAAGACCACUGUAGGUAUGGACAAGUUUAUUUUUCAGCUGUAAAAUGUCUCGUUCAGAAUGUCAUUAUUCUUAAAUUACUAAAUUUAAGUGAUCGUUGUCACUGUAAGUAUAUGAGAAAUAAGUUUUUCCACCUAUGGUCAUGAGCUUUGGGAAAUGACCCAAAGAAUGAGAUCACAGAUACAGGUAAGGUGGCCCAAAAUGAGUUUUCUUCAUGUUGAAAAGAGCAGUUGAAGUAGUUUGAGAAUCUUAUUUGGAUGCCUCCCAGUUGAGGUUUUCCACGGGGAUUACACUUGAGGGAUUUUAUAUCCAUCUGGCCUAGGGAUGCCUCGGGAUUACCCAGAAAGAGCUGGGAGACGGGGCAUGUGCUGUGCAUUGGCACCAAAGUGGCGAUAUGAUAGUAUCAUGAUACAUGGGUUCAGAUUCAAUAUAUUGCGGUACUGAAAGCAAGGUGAUAGCAACAGUCGGUGUUUAGUCAUAUUUCGUGGAUGUGGUGAGGGCGCAAUCAGUGAUCGGUUCAGAUCAGUUCAGAACCACUGCUCAAGUGAGUCAAUGAUUUCUUACACGUGUAGACGAGGCCACAUGGGCUACCUUAGCUGAGCCUGCUGCCACAACAACCUGGACCCAGAAAAAUGGUGGAAGAAAGAUGGACUUUUUUGACUCUCAAAUAUCAACAUCUGUAUCUGCCAAAAAAAGUCAAGCGACGUUCUUUCUUGAUUCCACAAACUCUGUGGAAUAUACGCAGAAAACUGCCGAAUGUCUGAGCAAAUUAACGGAUUCCUUCCAGCUCUAAGGAUGAUGUUCUGUACUUGACGCCUGACCUCUGACACUCAUUUCUUGAGGACCUUGAAUGGAGUCCAUUCAUGAUUAAGGAAGAUGAAUGAACAUAAAAGGUCAUGACCCUUAUUUGAAUUCCUUCUU